CGAAAUAAUUGUAUAUCACGUGAUUGGUCCUGUGACAGUCGUGGCGAUCUUUAGUUCUUAUCUGCAGAUUGCGGCUGCGUUCACGCUUUUCCUCGCAGGUGCUUGAGCCAACGAGCGUUGCAGACCGAGUGUUCAAAGUAAAAACGAAACGAAAAAAAUGGUUCAUUUAGGCGCAGUGCUGCUGGCGCUUGGCUGUCUGCUGGCGACGGCGGCGGCGGAGAGUGCGGUGCGCCCGGUUGUUAUGUGGCACGGUCUCGGCGACGACUACAAGUCGGGAGGGAUGCAGCGCGUUGAGAGUCUGAUUAAGGAUAUGUAUCCCGGGAUAUUUGUGCAUAGCGUGUAUUUGGAUGAGGACCCGGAGAAGGAUAGCAAAGCGUCGUUGUUUGGCAGCUUGAAUGAGCAGAUCCAAUUUGUCUGCGACCAACUAGCCUCGAUUCCCGAGCUCGCAAACGGCUUCGACGGCCUAGGAUUCUCGCAAGGCGGUCUUUUCCUGCGCGGCUACGUCGAGCGCUGCAACGCGCCCAAGGUGCAUAAUCUGCUGACGUUCGGGUCGCCGCAGAACGGCGUGGAGGACAUGCCUCCGUGCGAGAACCCGAGGGAUUUCGUGUGUCGUCGGCGGAACGCGGUGCUCAAGACACAGGCGUAUGCUGCGUAUGCGCAGAACUCGGUCACUGUGGCUCAGUACUAUAGAGAUUUGGAUCGGUAUGACAAGUAUCUGGAGUUCUCUGCGUAUCUUGCCGAUGUGAACAAUGAGAGAAGCACGAAGAAUAUUACAUAUGCGGACAAUAUCAAGUCGCUCGAGAACCUUGUGCUGUAUCUGUUUACGGAGGAUCAGACCGUUGUUCCGAAGGAGAGUGCUUGGUUUGGUCAGACCGACAAGUCAAACGGCGCACAGAUGAGUCUCGAAGACCGUGCGCUGUUCCAAGAAGACUGGAUCGGCCUAAAGUCGCUCUACCAGGACGGCAAGCUCAAGCGCGAGAUCCUAGAAGGCCGCCACAUGAACAUCACGAACGCGACGGUGCUGGACUUUGCGGCAAAGUACCUCGGCUCGAGCGGCCAGUUCGAGCCGAUGGUCGCGAUGUCGGCGCCGGACGCGGUGCAGGAGGCGAUGGUCAGGUUCGGACAGUCGUUUCAUGAUCGGCUGCAGGUGGUUUUGUCGGCGAUGGCGGGGAUGGCGUAUAUGUGAAUAGUGGUUGAUGUGGUUUGGAUGGCAAUGCUUUGGCGAGGGUGAGGUGAGGGUGAGGAGGUUGAGGUUUCAGGGGUUGAGUAGAGGAUGCGAUGCAGCUGUCGCUGUCGCUGUUUCUUUUUUCUUUUUCUUCAUUUUUCAUGUUUUCUUUUUGGUACGGUUCACGGUUUAGGAUAUUGGGAAUAGAAAUACUAUCGCUUGCAGAAGUACUUCUACAGCAAGAACCAUUUCCCACAGCAUCCUGCUGUUUAGAGUAGGAAUGGUCAGGAGGGAUGCGGUUAGGGCAGC